AUCUCUCAGCAUCCUCCUCCUCUGACAGGGACGCGCACACACACAGCAGCUCAACAUUAGAGAAUACAGCCUUAGCUUUCUGCACACAUCCUCCUAUAGACACAUCCUAUAACCUCACAUCUUUACAUUUAUCACCGUUUAUUUCGUGCCCGGACAUUGAUGCAUUUGCCUCCACGGUCACCGUAGCGGUCCGCACCGAUCGUUAUUGCUUUUUCUUCUCCAUCCAGAGACUGACCUGCGCUACAAGAUGGCUGAGCUGAAUUUGGGGAAGGGGCUGACUGCGGGGAAAGUGGCCAGCAACGUUCAGAAAAAGCUAACCAGAGCCCAAGAGAAGGUUCUACAGAAGCUUGGCAAAGCAGACGAGACCAAAGAUGUUGCUUUUGAGGAGGGAGUCAUCAACUUCAACAAACAAUAUGCUGAAGGCAGCAAACUCCAGAGGGACCUACGAGCAUACCUGGAGGCAGUGAAAGCCAUGCAUGAGUCCUCCAAGAACCUGCAGUCAUGUCUAGCUGACAUGUAUGAACCAGACUGGUACGGCAAGAACGAGGUGGAUUCCAUUGUGGAGGACUGUGAUGUGCUCUGGGAUGAUUACCACCAGAAGCUGGUUGAUCAUGCCCUCAUCUCCAUGGAUACCUACCUGGGACAGUUCCCUGAUAUCAAGGCUCGUAUAGCUAAGAGGGACAGGAAGUUGGUGGAUUUCGACAGUGCCAGGCAUAACUAUGCUGCUACACACAAGGCAAAGAAAAAGGACGGGGGCAUUAAAAUUACCAAGCCCUCCUCCUUGUUGGAAAGAGCCACUCCAGGUUGGGCUCAGGGUAUCCUGUCUGCACACAACGUUGCCCAGAGCAGCCUCUCCAGGAGCCAGGCUGAGGAAGAGUUGGAAAGAGCCCAGAAGGUGUUUGAGGAGAUUAAUAUUGACUUGCAAGAGGAGUUACCUUCACUCUGGAACAGUCGUGUUGGGUUUUAUGUCAGCACCUUCCAGAGUUUGGCUGGUUUUGAAGAGAAGUUUCACAAGGAAAUGAGUCGGUUGGAUCAGGACUUGAAUGACGUCUUGGUGAAACUGGAGGGAACAGACACAAGCAGAAAGACAGGUAACCGCGGCACCUCAUCGUCAGGAGCAAACAGGAGUGGUAAAGAGGCAUCUAACCACACUCUAAGGCCAGGAGGACCACCGCCAAUCCCCAAAUCCCCAUCCAAGCUAAGACCAGCAGUGCCUCCUCCACCCAAGGUGACCCCAUCCAAGGAGAUGAAAACAGAGAACAUCAUCAACCUGUUUGAUGCUGCAGCAACUCCUGAUAUCAGCGUCACCUCCCCUACAGAGUUUGACACUCCUGCAGUGAGCAGCCUGUUGGACAUGGACCUGGACUCUUUCAGUGCAGCAACCAACCAGCAAACCACACAGCCUGCAAACUGGGACUCAUGGCCUGAGGACAGUGGUGCCCAGGAAGAAGAGACCCAGCAGCACUAUGAUCCUGUGUCUGCUGCUACAGAGGCCUGGGGGGAUGAUGGUACGCAGCCUGUCCGCUAUGAUCCCAUAGCAGCUGCGACAGAGGGCUGGGGGGAUGAUGGUACCCGACCAGUUCGCUAUGACCCUGUGGCUGCAGCUCAGGAGCAAUGGGGGGAUGACGAGAGUCAGCCGGCUCAUUACGACCCCGUGGCUGAAGCCCAGGAGAGCUGGGAUGAUGACGGAAGCCAGCCGGUCAGAGAAGAACCUGCCACGGACACCGAAGCACCUGCAGAUGAGGCUCCGGCUGACACGGCUGAGGAGGAAGUCACCCCAGCUGCUGCUGAGCUGGAGAAUGAAGAGGGUCAGGGUGAAUCUGCAGCAGCAGCUGCUGCACCAGCAGAGGAAGAACCAGCGACAGAGGAGACACAUGAAGUAGCAGCAGAACCAACAGAAGUAGCACCAGAACCUGCAGAAAUGCCUUCUGGCUUCCUGUUCAAGGUCCAGGUGAUGCACGAUUAUGCUGCCAAUGACACAGAUGAACUGGAGAUGAAGGCUGGGGAAGUGGUGCUAGUAAUCACCUUUGAAAACCCUGACGAACAGGAUGAUGGCUGGCUGAUGGGAAUAAAGCAGGACGACUGGCAGCAAAACAAAGAAAACUCCGCCAAAGGAGUAUUUCCUGAAAACUUCACCCAGAGGCUGUAAAAAAAAAAAGAGGACAGGACGUCAUUCCAGCUUCCUUCUCUGCGUCUCUAUUCCUCUUGCCUAUAUCCUUUCCCCCUCCUCUCUUGCCCUGAUACUGUAUCUUUACAAGGACUUUGGCCAUAGAAGCAGAGCUGUCUCAGCCCUGGAGGAAAUCAUGCAUUUCUAAGGUCUGCUACACUGUGCUAAAAGUGGAUUUUGGCAUUUCUGUGGAUUUCUGCCAACAUUUACAAAAACAAGACAGAUGUAACCAUUUCACAGGUCUCACUUUUUGCUGUCUUUCUUUGCUAUUGUUGCUAUACCAUACUUGAGGAAUUGACUAGAGAAUCCCAGACAUAUGAGACAGAUGCAGGGAUGGUUACCUCUGCAAUGGUUACAACUGAAGUUGAAUUCUGAUGUUUUACUCUUGGUCAUGUUUCAUCAUAAGAGUGAAAACACCUGUUAAGAAGGUGGUAUUGAGGGAAUGAGAGCAGUGCAAAAUACAAUGCCAAGUGUAGCACAGCAUCCCAAAGUAGAACCACCUGCUAACCUGCAACUUUACUUCAGUCAAAUUGCAAAAACACAUUUAAACACACAAGGUUCGUAGGCUUAAUCAACCAAACAACACACAUCUAAUUAGUACCGGGCUUCUCCUGACAUGAUGCCUUUUGGAUACAUCCAGCCCAUCCUUUAUCCCUAAUUUAAUUGUUUACUUGUGGAAAAUGGGCCCUUGGUUGUUGUAUUAGUUUAGAGUCUAUGGUGGUUUAGGUAGUUUGAACCUAUUGUUAAAUCCAAACUAAUACAUCUCCAGUUAACUGGUCAUCAGUCAGCAGCAUAGUAAAAGUGACAGCAGGAAUCCUUUAUUAAAAUUCUGGUCUCAGAGUCCGAUAGAAUAGAAAAAGACAACUGCAAAAAUCAUUUAUGACAGUUGUUUUUUUUUUUAAAUUCCUUGAAACUGUAUGGAGCUGUGUCUGUUUUUCACAGGGGAUUCCUAAAUAUGCAUUAGCCAGGCUUGCUACAAAGCUCGCCAACAGACUACACCAAUGAGAAGCUGCUACUGGUAGUAUAAUAGUCAUGUUUAUAGAUACGGUUACACCCUAAUACUAAUCAAAUAUAUAAUAACUGAGCCAGCCUCAUUCAUUUUUGAAAAAAAAUAAAUGUGCCGAAAACAGUUCCCUCCGUUUGCAUAGAGACUACUGAACUCAAAUGCAGAUGAUUCAGAAUAUGCACCAGAGCAACUUCUUUUAUUUUUGUAUGCUGCCAAGCAAUGAUUACAUAUAGCCUAGUGUAACUAUGUCAAAAAAUAAUUGCCAACUGAGGAUGUUAUGGAGUGUUUUGUACUUCUGUAAGGUUUACUGCUCUCAGCGUAGCCGCAUAGGUAGUUAAAACUAACUCACACUCAGCCAUUCUUUCAGUCACCGACUUAAAAAGAGAUUCACGGUUCUCAUGAUGUUACUAACAUGUAAUAAGUGUGAGAGAAAAUGUAUGUGUGUACGAUUGUGUGUAUGUGUGUGUGUGUGUGUGUGUGUGUGUGUGUGUGUGUGUGUGUGUGUGUGUUUAUGAGUUGUUUGGGAAACAUAAAUCUUUAUCUAUAGGCUAUUGUUAUUGGACGAUACCACCACCACCACCUACCGGGGGGAAGUGCGUCCAAUUUUACAGGAAUCUUUUCUGACUGGACAAAAGCAACUCAAAUGUUUUGGGUCUUUUCCGCUGGCUGGUAUUAUGGUUCCAGGUGUUAUUGUGCAUUUGUUGUGUAUAAGUGUAAUUUUUGCCAAGCUGUGAUGACAGAUACAUAUUCUAUAAAGACAUUCAUAUCUGUAUGUGAGUUAUGUGAGCAUGCUGACUCCCCCAUGUGUUGUUGUGUGAACACCCUUAAUUUAAGACAGUGAUACUUGGGUCACUUUUGAGGCAGUGUGGAAACAAGCAAUUUGUAUUUUUUGUUACUUUUUUUUGUGUGUCAAUCUUGGUAAGAAGGAUGGUGGUGCGCCGGUGCAUUGUGUGUGUUUUUCCACCGUUCUCUCUCAAAACAGUCCUGAUUAUAAUUGCUGGUUGUCCAUCAGCCUUGCCUCAAAAUGUUGCUAGGUAUCGUGGUCCAAACAGAGUUAAUUACACGGAGACGGGACGCAUAGAGAUAAAGGUGAAGCCACCAGACUCAGGUGAACGGAUUUUCUAGCGGUUUUGCAGUAUUGGGAUGUGCAGGAUUUUUUUUCCAUGUGUAUUUAUAAAGCCUCAUAUGUAAGAACAACACCUGCACGUUUAGGUAAACGAGUCACUCGCAUUCUGUUCUCAAAUUUUAUGUGUCAAUCUGGUGAAUGUUUUACCUGGGCCUGGUUCUGUAUCUGUCUUUAUGGAUCAGUCUCCUGCAAUGAGUUGUGGGAUACAACAAAAAGGUUUUUCCUGUACCCAACUGACCAAUAAUAAUAAUAAAGACUACUUAGAAUCUA